GCCGUGCCCACCACACCGAAACUGGCGACGCCAUCUCUCCUUUCCUCGGUAUCCGAACCAACCCCAAAACCCCACCACCUCACGAUCUCACCCCUUCCGCGGUCCCACCCAUGGCCGCCGCCGCCGCCGCCGCCGUAACUCCUCAACGCGUCGCGGUCGGGACUGGGUCCCACCACCACCACCAGCCGCCGCCUCGUCCGCCCGUGUCCAUCUCGGCCAGGCCGAGGGCUCGCCUCGUGCCCGUCGCCGCGGCGGCCGCUACCCCGGCCACCGGCGGCGUCGCGCCGGUGCCACCCCACCCAAGGCGCUCGGUUGUAAAGCGCCACACGAUAUCGGUUUUUGUUGGGGAUGAGAGUGGGAUGAUCAAUCGGAUUGCCGGGGUCUUCGCUAGAAGAGGGUACAACAUUGAGUCGUUGGCAGUUGGGCUGAACAAGGACAAGGCUCUGUUCACCAUAGUGGUGUCAGGAACAGAGAAGAUACUCACACAGGUCGUCGAGCAGCUCUACAAACUUGUCAAUGUUAUACAGGUUGACGAUUUGUCAAAGGAACCACAAGUUGAAAGAGAGCUCAUGCUUAUAAAACUAAAUGUAGAGCCAGAACAGCGUCUCGAGGUGAUGGGUUUGGUUGACAUUUUCAGAGCCAAAGUGGUUGAUCUUUCAGACCAUACACUAACUGUUGAGGUAACUGGAGAUCCUGGAAAGAUUGCUGCUGUACAGAGGAACCUGAGCAAAUUCGGGAUCAAAGAAGUUGCCAGAACUGGCAAGAUAGCUUUGCGGCGUGAGAAAAUGGGACAAACCGCUCCUUUUUGGAGGUUCUCGGUAGCUUCCUAUCCUGAUCUUGAAGUGAAAAUGCCUUCAAAGUCUACACUAAGCACUGCAAAGGCAACCAGUGGAGAUUCUGAGGAAUCAUCCCAGGGCGAUGUUUAUCCAGUGGAAUCUUACGAAAGCUUCUCGAUGAAUCAAAUUCUUGAUGCUCAUUGGGGGGCCAUGACUGACAGUGAUCCUACAGGGUUUUGUUCACAUACUUUGUCGAUCCUUGUGAAUGAUUCCCCUGGAGUUCUUAAUGUCGUAACGGGUGUCUUUGCCCGGAGAGGCUACAAUAUUCAGAGUCUUGCUGUUGGCCCAGCUGAAAAAAUGGGCACUUCUCGCAUCACCACCGUUGUUCCUGGAAAUGAUGAAUCUAUCGCCAAGCUAGUACAACAACUUUAUAAGCUCAUUGAUGUUUAUGAGGUUCAAGAUCUUACACAUUUACCAUUUGCGGCUAGAGAGUUAAUGAUCAUAAAGGUCGCUGGGAAUACCUCAGCUCGAAGGGAUAUCCUGGAUAUUGCUGAGGAUGUUUUCAGGGCCAAAACAGUUGAUGUAUCAGGCCACACAAUAACUCUUCAGCUUACCGGGGAUCUUGAUAAAAUGGUUGCAUUACAGAGGUUGCUUGAGCCCUACGGCAUCUGUGAGAUUGCACGAACUGGCAGGGUUGCGCUGUGCCGUGAGUCAGGAGUCGAUUCCAAGUACCUCCGUGGCUAUUCCCUUCCUGGAUAGCGUGUCAGUUGACGAGACAUCACGCUCCAUCAGCUCAUGGAUUGCCAUGAUUCUUCUGAUCUCGGAUCUCCUAAACACCCUUUGUGCAAUGGUGUUUCAUUCCUUUCGAAGCAUACAGCAAGAAGACGCCUGUUAUAGUUUACAUCGACUAGAUUUAUACUUUUAUCCUCUAGAGUUUUUCUUAUAGAUACCACAGAGAAAAGGGAUUGGGAUGUUUGAAUCCCAUGUGAGCUCACGGAGGCAGAAGAAACCUAUUCGUAGUUUCUUAGCUGAGGUUUUCGGCUUCGAAGAACAAAAUUAAAAUACUUUGUUUGUCGAAGAAGACUCUUUUGCUUUAUGAACCAUACUUAAAUCAUGUAUAUACGCAUUGGCACUCUAAAUCAUAUUCCUUUAGUGCUAAAA